CUGUUCGGGAGCUGACUGAUUUAAAAAAAGCUCGAAGUCCCCCCUCGUGUCUGAAGGUCGACUUGCCCGUUGGGUGUGAUGAGUCUGACCACAAGUGUGUGCGGCUCUGAGCGCUGGUCCUGCUGACAGACGAGACGCCUACCGAGUUUGUGGUCGGAGGGCGAUCACGUUCUCCAGGGCUAGCAAGCCUGAGCGCAGACAUACUGUUUGAACGAACCGGGGAGUGGGGAGGUAAGAUGCAACUGUCUAGGAGACCUCGGGAAAUCCCAGUCCAAGCAAUGGAAGAAAAACCCACAUCAGUUGCUGCAUUAGCUUCAAAAUUCAACCACAAGACCAGCACCACCUUGGAAAAGGACGAGAAACUCCCCAGAGGACCAAUUCGGAAAAAACCUCCUUGCUCACUUCCUCUAUUUGGUAUUAGGAAUCAUUUGAAAACUGAAACAGACCAUAAUGGAGAGCAGAAGCCACCAAUUAACGAAGCCUCUCGUCAGCCAAAACUGAAAAUGAAAAACUCCUCUGCUCUCAUUGAGAAGCUCCAGGCCACCUUGCAUUUCUCCCCGACUGCCCUGAUGCCUGGGCUCGGUCCAAAGAGCCCACUGAAGUCGCCCUUCUCGCCGUUUGCCAGUCCUGCCUCCACUCCUGAAAGCCCUGGAACAGCCUCGCUGUCCAGUGAGUCAGACGGGAGUGUGUCCUUGGACCAACCAAAGGAAGCUGAACCUUUACAGAGCCUGCACAAGAGUCGAGCUCGGCCGUCUCUGAAGCGCCGGCCCCCGAGCAGACGAUUUCGGAGGUCGGUGACUGACGACGUUGGCGACCCGGAGCAGCAGGACAACGCGGCCCAGACGGCAGACACCAAACCCAGUGUGUCAGCGGAGGAUGCCAGCGAUGAGGUUUUUGCUGAUGUUCAAAUCAGUAAUGGGGAGGCCAACUCCUCGGCCUCGGCAGAGGCAAGCACUUCACCUCGCUCCUCCACCGAGGGGGAGGCGGCUCCUUCCCACUCCUCGGCUGAGGAUAAUGUCCAUUCUUCACCUCAAUCGGCCAAAGGGGAGGCAAAUCCUCGCUCCUCCACCCAGGGGGAUGUCCACUCUUCACAUCAAUCGGCUGAAAGGGAGACUCUCUCUUCACCUCUCUCCACGGCCAAGGGGGAGGCAAGCCCUUCAGCUCAAUUGUCCGAGGCGGAGGCUCCCUCUUCACCUCGAUCUGUUGAGGGGGAGAUUCUCUCUUCACCUCGCUCCUCCUCCGAGGGGGAUGUCCACACUUCACCUUGUUCCUCAGUCGACCUUUCACCCGAAGAACCAGCACGGAAGAUGCCCAGUGACCCUGUGGCUCCUCAGAGCCAGGAGCCUGAAGUAGGUUCUGUUCCGAACCAAUGUGAGAACCUUGAGGAAAACGGUAUUGCUCCAAAGGCGGUUGUGGAAUCUAUAGACAAAGACACUGAGACCUCCAACAGUAUUGCUCAUAACCCAGCGGGAAGUGAGACUGUUUCUGCUGUGUCUCGUCAAGAGCCGAGCACCGAGGAAGCAAAGGCGAUGGACAAGGAGCCGCAAGUGGCCAAUGCAGAGGGAGAGUCUUCUGGAGCAGUUGAAUAAUCAGGAUGUGCCACAGAUGUAACUGAGGCAGCACUGACUGGGAACUUCUGGGCUCUGCAGCUGAUCAAUUACGUUGUCGCUCUUCUCGGUGAAAGGAGGAAGAAAAGAGAUUACUCGUGUCUUGCGGAACUUUCCAUGUGUUCAUCUGCUGGUGUUUGUGUGCAUUGCUGUAUCAGUCUAGCUGUACAUCCACGCUUCCGCUGGUGGCUCGGGGUCCUGGCCGUCUGCACGUUUCCUCAGCAAGGCAGUAACUCACACAGGGGUGACAUCUCACAAAACACGCUGCACAGCCCUUUCCUGAAAGUAAAUGUGUGUGAUGUGUACACAUGCAGGGGCUGCUGGCUCUAACUUCAUGUGAAUGUGAGACGAUGCCUUUUUAAACACAAGAACAUGUUUAAAUUAUGGUUCUAUGAAGUUGGCACAUUGACAAAUUAUUUCAACUUGGAGUGGACAGGGUGAGAUUUCAGAUCCUGGAAUCUGUUACAGACUCGGACACGUGACUGGCCUGAACUCCACAGGCAUCUCAUUAGGAAGAGAGGGCCCUCAAUUAUUUCACACAUGUAUUCUCUGUUAAAUCCUUCUUGGAUCUUCCUCGUUGGUCAAAUGAGACUGUGGAGGUAUGGCCAACCUCUCUGAUUAUCCACCAGGCAUAAUGGUAGCCAGGCAGUGAGAGCCAAACACUAGGGGUUAGUUACUAAAUAUUCUGUUAAUAAGAUUAAUGUCUUCAAAAGUCCACUUAGAUGGUUGUUCAAAACCACUUCCAUUAUAAGCCAGAAAAUGUAUUUGUCCUUAACUUCGCCAUUUAGGGAGCCACCAUUAAAAUUAGUUCAUUAAACAUGUAACUUCACACUUUCUGCACGGUAUAUGUUGGUGGCAUUUCCCCUUCGCUGUUGUCUUUGUUUCGAAUGGAUGAGUAGGCCUCUGCAUCAUUUUGAUGUAAAUAUUGUUCCAUUCACUCGUUUUGCCAAAGAUUCAGUCUUUCUAUAACAUGGAAGUGCACAUGCAUCUUUCACCAGGACACCAGGUUACACUUACACUGGAGAGGAGCACUCAAGAGGUUAUUCAUGAUAGUUGGUUGAACGAAAGCUCAAUUCUUUGAUAAUUGUAAUUCCCGUUGGUCAUGUUGCCAGCCUAACGUCAGAUGGCAGAGCUGUGAUCCCCUCCCAAUGAACAGAGCCAUUCAAUAGUUCAUUAUCUUCAAACCGAGCAUGUCAGCAGAUGACUGGGAUGAUGAUGUGGUUAUACUUAAUUGAUGAAUUAGUUCUUUGUUUGUGUAAAACAAACUACACAGUAACUCCAACCUAACUUUAGAAUGAUUAUCCUGGUAUGGUAUUUUCUAAAAACUUUGAAAUUCUGCAAUUGGGAGAAGGGGGUGACAACACUGCAUCAAGAAUCCGUCUCUCUCGACUUGGAAUUGAUUAUAUGUGUAGUGGCAGUCUCUGAGCUUCCCCGCCUGUUUCACAAUGCUUGUUGCAAACUCCAGCCUUUGCAUGAACUCCUGGUGCCAUGUGUUGUGUUCUAACACCACAAUGGACAAGCUGAUCUCCACUCCCUCCCUGACAUGAAGCUGCUUCUAUUUAACAUUGCUCCCUGUUGGUUCAUGAUUGGACGUUGUCUGCUGAUUAAGAAAUAUUGCUUUCACAAAACCCAGACGUAACUAGCAUCUUUAUACUUCACAUUUGCUCUUUACUUCAAGUGAUCACAUUCUGCAACUCUUACCCUGACGUUGUCCUGUGUGAGUCCUGUCACAGUGGCCAAACAUGCAAGAUAUCCACCAACAGUUCACCAUUGCCAACCGCUGAAUGGUCUUCCAUUGUCCAGAACAGUAUGAUGCAGUUCCAUCUCUUGUGAAUAGCUUAUUUUUAAUCAUCAAGUGGGGUUGAUGGCAUAUUUGUGAAGCAAGUAACAUAAACUAGCAAAUGCAAGCUGAAGUAUUACAAAGCACUGUAGCAGCUUUACAGAAUGGCGAUCUCCCCCUGUAUAAAUACUGCUGAGAUAUACCGGCCAAUCCUCAAAAUGUGACUUUAGAAAUAAGCUGCAGAAAUACAAAACUGCUGAAAAUUCUGCUACUUCUAGGAAGGCAGUAAAAUUGCCUGGGUUGCAGUAUUAAUGCCAAAGUCUGCGAUUCAAACUUAUUCCAGUGUUUCAGUGGGGAUAAAUUUAUCAUCAGAGUUUGCCUCCUUUCACACAGUAUUAUUCCUCUUGAAAAUUCAAUUUUUUACAUCAGUGUCUAAAGUAACGUGACUUAUUAUUGUGACUUAUCGUAACUUCAACCAAUUAACCGUUUCACAUUUCAUGACUUAAUCUCAUCUACAUCAGAAGGUGAUUUAUGUUUAUUAUGACAAGGCAUUUUGGUCAGUGUUAUAAAUGUAAAUCCAAAUCAUUUACCUUUCCAAACUGGAUUCUCUGAGUUUGUUAUCAGUUUGAAGAAAGAAUGACAAAUCUACUUAUAACAAAUGUUAUCAGUUUGAAGAAAGAAUGACAAAUCUACCUUUAGGAAAGGCUGAAGUCCCCCAACGUUUCAAAAUAGCUGGAUAACUGUUUAAGCCACAGAAAACUAGCAAUUUAAAAUUCACUAAAGAGUGUGGAUGCAUUUUGUUUUGCAAUGUGACACAAUGAAUUGGAAGCAGGAACUGCAAACCUGCAGUUCAUCUGACAGCCUAAAUUGAUCUAAAAGUUGUAUAAAAUCGCCUUGGUAAUUCGCACAUUUACAAAUUAUCUUGGGAAUACAGAACGGGGAAUCAUGCACAUCCACUUAUGCAUAUUUGCCAAAUAAACAGGCAUUCUUUCCUUUGUCACUUAAAUAGGAUGUUGUUAAUGAGAUAUUCCCAGUGAAGGGCAUACUGUCUAGCAUCAGAGGGAUGUUGGUGUUAUUAGAUUACUGCUGCAGUGGCUGGUUAAUGGAAAUAUUUUUAAAUAUAUGACUACCAUCAACUAUACAUACUUGUAUCAUAGUCUAACAAAAUUCAUACCAAAAAAUGUCCUUUUAUUCAAGUUGUAGUGCUUUUAGUGAAAUGGUGGCUCACAGUCAGAUGAGAUUUCCUACUGCACAAAUGAUUGCAUUACUUUGGGAUUAAUACUGAAUUGUAUGAGUUUCAUAGAUUUAUAUGAAGUGUUUCUGCUGUACGUGGAGCUUCGUGGAACGAGAUGUAUGAAGAAAGUGUUUACUUUCUAUUCUUUUGAUAACAUUUAAGACAACUGCUGAUUUUGUACACUUUUAACUCUAAAUAAAAGCGUAUAUGAAACCA